UAUAGGCUUUCAUGGAGAGUACAAGAAGGCACCAUGAAGCUGCUUGUCGAUUCAGAGUUCGCAGCAGGAUUUCCAGCAUCUCUACCAAGCCUCAAGAAAAAUGAACAACAACAACUGGCGCAACGUCAAUCUUGUGAUCGACAGACUCUAUUUGGGCAAUAUUAGGGCAGCUACCUCUACCCGCGCAACUGGCGAGCGGGGAAUAACCCACAUCGUCUCUGUAUGCUCCGACCCUAUCCCUGCAGAGCUCCCAGAGUCUGGCAUCCAGCACCUCCGCAUCGAGGUCGAAGAUGUCGACUACGCGGACCUCUUGCGGCAUCUUCCAAGGGCCAUUCGUUUUAUUCAUGAGGCCUUGUCUAAUCAAGGCGUUGUUCUUGUUCAUUGUGUCCAAGGCCUCUCGCGAAGCGCUACCGUUGUCGCUGCAUACCUCAUGUGGGCCCAGAGAAUUCACGCCACAGAGGCCUUGGAAAUUGUUAGACGAGCCCGCGAUCAAAUUUGGCCAAACGCGGGCUUCCAGGAACAGCUCGUCCUUUGGGAAUUGUGCGACUACAAUCCCACACCCGAGAACGGUUUUUACAGAACCUGGAGGCUGCAGCUUGAUCGCCGCCUGGCCGCUGCUGGCUUGCGCUGAGUGUCAUGCAUUCUCAUUUAAAGUUAUGCGCUGUAACAACUUGAAAGUUUUCCUUUUUCAUGAUUUUCUUCGAUUUAGUUCAUACUGCUUACUGCUGACACACCAUCUACGUACCAUUAUAAUCCUUCAACUCUUGAUUAAAUAAUUUCUGUUUACAUAUGAUCAAGUUACAAUCCUUUUUUUCUU